AUGUUGUUUUCCAUUACCCUAUUGCUCGCGGCAGUCCCGGUCGCUCUUGGCCGCCACGAUGAGUACAUGGUCCUCGAAGGACAUGACGUCCGUGAGGACUAUCAUUCUCCGCUUCCACAUACCUACAUUUCAGAAGAUGAGCUUCCUGACAACUUUAAUUGGGGAAACGUCAAUGGAAAGUCCUACUUGACCCACUCGCUGAACCAACACAUUCCGCAAUAUUGCGGAAGUUGUUGGGCCCAUGGAGCCCUUUCGGCACUUGGUGACCGUAUCAAGAUCACCAAUUCCAGUAAAGAUGAAAUCGAUCUUUCCAUUCAGUAUGUCUUGAAUUGUGGUACGCACAUGGCGGGAUCGUGCCAUGGAGGUUCCCAUACGGGCACGUACCAGUUUAUCAAGAGCAAGGGGCAUGUUCCAUAUGAUUCUUGUAUGCCAUACAUGGCUUGUAGCCAAGAAUCCAAGGAGGGAUUUUGCCAGUACGUCGACACGACUUGUUCCGCAGCUAAUACUUGCAAGACCUGUGACACCUUUGCUGGAAUGGGAGGUGCCUGUACUGAGAUUGAUUACUAUCCAAAUAGUACUAUUUCGGAAUACGGAACAUAUAGCUUUAUGACUUCACCAAAGGACAUUGUCCACAAGUUGAAAUCGGAAAUCUAUGCUAGAGGACCUGUUGCGACUGGUGUCAAUGCCGAACCGCUGGUCAAGUACGAAGGUGGCAUUGUCACCGAUACAAAGCUUUGGCAUAUGAUGGUCAACCACAUUGUCUCUAUCGUUGGAUGGGGCUUGGAUGAGGAAACUGGUAACGACUAUUGGAUUGUUCGCAACUCUUGGGGUCAGUACUGGGGUGAAAUGGGAUACUUCCGUAUUCUUGCAGGAAAGAACUCACUUGGUAUUGAAAUGGAGGUGGCAUGGGCAAAUCCUGGCUCCUUCACUGUCAACAACUAUCCUUGCUUCGAGAAUGGAGAAAACUGCGUCAAGACAGCGUACUACAAGGACCCAUCGAAGGAUUUGGAUUCCUUGAAGCUACGUUUGGCUGGUGAGAAGACCAAGAAAGGAGGAGUGCGUGGUUAA